GGCUGUAAAUCACCUGGUCCUGGCAGGUGAUUACUUGCCGGUGCCUGGUGACUGCCAAGCACCUCUGACGGGGAGGAGAACUGUUUGAAAACAAAACAGUACUCCUCCCUGUCUGCUCUUGCACACUGUGUGCGUGCAGUAGCAGUGUGAUUACAGUGAAGCACACAGACACCGCCCCCUAGUAUAAUACUCCCUGCACACAGUUAAACCUUUGAUCGCCCCUCAUGUUAACCCGUUCCUGCCCAGUGCCAUUAGUACAGUGUCAGUGCUUUUUUUCAGCACUGAUCACUGUAUUGGUGUCACUGGGGAUGUCAAUGAAACCAAGUCAUUUCCCCCAGUGUCAGAAUGUCCACCACAGUCCUGCUAUAAAUCGC